AAGCUUCCCAGCUCAGCAAAACACCUCACCUGGGGCUUUAAGCCUCACCUCAGCAGAGCGCAGCUGAGCUCCGGAGAUCCGGGGUAGUUGAAGCUGGCAGGGUCGGAGAAUGGAAAGAAAGAAAAUCCAUGCACUGUCUUAGUGCAGAAUCAGACCAGAUGGACCUGUCCUAAAAAGAGUCCCGCUUCAGCCUCCUGCUGACUCAAGUUUCACCCACUGGUGAGACCAGCAGUCAAAUAUGCAGUACAACUAUCUCCACCUGAUCUUUGUGUGCCUCUGUCUCUUAACUCAAAGAAUUCAUAUCCUGGGGAAUCAGUUGGGCACAGAGUCCAACAGGAACAACAAACUCUCACUCCCUGGAUUUGAGAACCUCACAGCAGGAUACAACAAGUUUCUCAGACCCAAUUUUGGAGGGGAACCUGUUCAAAUUGCUCUGACCCUUGACAUUGCAAGUAUUUCUAGUAUUUCGGAAAGUAACAUGGAUUACACAGCAACAAUAUACCUGAGGCAGCGCUGGACAGAUCAGCGGCUGGUGUUCAAUGGCAACAAGAGUUUCACCCUGGAUGCUCGCCUUGUGGAGUUCCUCUGGGUCCCUGACACCUAUAUUGUGGAGUCUAAAAAGUCUUUUCUGCAUGAAGUCACUGUGGGGAACAGACUGAUCCGGUUAUUCUCCAAUGGAACCGUCUUGUAUGCUCUCAGAAUCACUACGACUGUUGCGUGUAACAUGGAUCUGUCAAAAUAUCCCAUGGACACCCAGAUGUGCAAGCUGCAGCUGGAAAGCUGGGGUUAUGAUGGAAAUGAUGUGGAGUUUACAUGGCUGAGAGGGAAUGACUCAGUUCGCGGCCUGGAAAACUUGCGACUGGCUCAGUACACCGUGCAGAGAUAUUUCACCUUGGUCACAAGAUCACAGCAGGAAACAGGUAACUACACAAGACUGAUCUUGCAGUUUGAGCUUCGGAGAAAUGUUCUGUAUUUCAUUUUGGAAACCUAUGUCCCGUCCACUUUCUUGGUGGUGUUAUCCUGGGUAUCAUUCUGGAUUUCUCUAGAUUCCGUACCUGCAAGAACUUGCAUUGGUGUCACCACAGUACUGUCGAUGACAACCCUGAUGAUUGGCUCCCGGACAUCCCUGCCCAACACCAACUGUUUCAUAAAGGCUAUUGAUGUGUACCUGGGCAUCUGUUUCAGCUUUGUUUUCGGUGCCCUGCUGGAGUAUGCCAUUGCUCAUUACAGUUCCUUGCAGCAGCUGGCGGCCAAAGACAUGGGAACUUCUAAAGAAGUGGAAGAGGUCAAUAUUACUAACAUUAUCAACAGCUCCAUCUCCAGUUUUAAAAGGAAGAUCAGCUUUGCCAGUAUCGAACUCUCCAACGAUAAUGUCAACUACAGUGACUUGACGAUGAAGACAAGUGACAAAUUCAAGUUCGUCUUCAGAGACAAAAUGGGCAGGAUUGUUGAUUAUUUCACAAUCCAAAACCCCAGUAAUGUUGAUCGUUAUUCUAAACUACUCUUCCCUUUGAUUUUCAUGUUGGUCAAUGUAUUUUACUGGGCAUACUACAUGUAUUUUUGAAAGCCGUGAAUAUUUUGAUUUUUUCACAUUAGAGAUCUCCGACAAAUUGACUGAGAAGAUAAUGCACUUGGCUUUCUAAUCCAGUAACCCAAGGGAACUAGAAAUGACUGCAAUAUAGAGAAAGAAUAUGGGCCUUUCUCUUCAAACUGGAGCCUCAUCCAAUAUUUUAAUAUGAGCUAAGUGAUCCUAGAAUUCCCUGUGUCAUGAAAAGACCAGUCUGGUCUUCCUUUAAAAACUGAUGAUCUUGGUCUUCCCUCAGACCACAUGAUUCCCCACCUCUAGUGGGUUGGGGGGUAUGUGGUUGGUUGGAAUUACCAUAUAUUGAAGGAGAUGAGGCAUCAUUAAAUUGAGAAAGGCA